AGCGUCAGCGUGUUCCGGGGUGGGGACAGGGUGGCUGGGCCCCUUUGGCGGUGCAGAAGCUCCCCGUGGACCUGAUGGGGCUGCGGGGGACCAGCCUGCACAUCCUCCUCCUCCUCCUGCUAUGCCGGCUGAGUGCCUCCUGCAGAGCCGACAGCUGCUGCUUUGACGAGCUGCCACUGUACCCAGAGGGAUCCUCAGGCUCCUUGUCAGCAGGACCCAGGAACUUGAGUUGCUACAGGGUUUCCGGAGCCGAAUAUGAAUGUUCCUGGCAGUAUGAUGGCUCUGAGGACAAUGUCACUCACUUCCUGAGGUGCUGCUUCAGAGGUGGGCGCUGCUGCUACUUCCCUGCGGGCCGGUCCAGGACUGUGCAGUUCUCGGAACAGGCUGGGGUCCCUGUGCUGUCUGAAGUCAAGUUCUGGGUGGAGUCUCGGCUCAGCAACCAGACCUUGAAGUCCCCGGAGCUAUUCCAGAACCUGUCCCACUGGAUCAAGGUCAGCCCGCCUCCAGGAGACAUCAAAGUGUCUCAUGCAGACGGCCAGUUACGCCUGGAUUGGAAUGUUUCUGAUGAGGUCCAGGCUGAGGUGCAGUUCAGACGCCGGACGCCCACAACAAAUUGGACAUUGGGUGACUGUGGACCCCAGGAUGACUCUGGCUUAGGUGUGAUUGGGGACACUCACGGCAGCAGGUCUGAGUCCUGCCUCUGCCCUUCGGAGACCAUGGCCCAGGAACUCCAGAUACGGCGGCGGCGGCGGCUCUCCUCGGGGGCCCCUGGGGGUCCCUGGAGCAGUUGGAGCAUCUCUGUGUGUGUUCCACCUGAACCCUUUCCCCAGCCUGAGGUCAAGUUCCUGGUGAAGCCCCUGGGCCAAGAUGGAAGGCGGAAUCUGACCAUGCAGGCACAGGCCUUGCUGCCCGCUGUCCCCGAGGGUUGCCAGGGAGUCAGGCCUGGUGUGCAGGCGCGGUACUUGGUGCGGGUGCACAUGCUGUCUUGCACAUGUCAGAGGAAGAGCUUGAAGACCGUGCCCCUGGGCAAGACGCUGAAGCUCUCCGGGGCCGCCUACGACCUGGUAGUGGUCACCAAGACUCGCUUCGGCCUCAGCUCCAACCAGACUUGGCACCUUCCUGCCCAAAAUUUCUCAGAGCUGCUCCCAGAGAUGAGAGCCCUGAAUGUCAGCGUGGAAGGCAACGCCACCUCCCUGCACUGGGCAGCCCAGGCUCCAGGCACCACCUACUGCGUUGAGCGGCAGGCACGCGGCCAGGGCAGGCGCCACACCCACUGCGCCCUGAUUGCGCCCCAAGACGGGGGCCCAGCCACGGUGGUGACGCACAGCUGGAGCUCAGAGCCUGGCCUGGUCCAGGAGGAGUGUUACCACCUCACUGUCUUUGCCUCCACGAACCCAGAGAAGCCAUUGCUGUGGUCCACGGUCCUGUCCAGUUACUACUUCGGGGGUAACACUUCGGUGGCCGGGACCCCGCGCCAAGUGUCGGUGAGGAAGCACAGCGCGGACUCGGUGUCCGUGGAGUGGACGCCGUCCCCGCUGGGCGACUGCCCGGGGGUCCUGACUCGAUACGUCGUGCGCUGCGAGGCCGAGGACGGCGAGUGGGCGUCAGAGUGGGUCGUGCCGCCCGCGAAGACGCAGGCCACGCUGCGGGGACUGCGCCGCGGCGCGGUGUACCGGGUCCGAGUGCGAGCCGACACCGCGCGGCUGCCAGGCGCCUGGAGCCCCGCGCAGCGCUUCCCCCUCGAGGUGCAGAUUUCCCGUUUGGCCGUCAUUGUUGCGUCCCUGGGGAGCUUCGCCAGUGUCCUCCUCGUGGGCAGCCUCGGAUACGUCGGUCUGAACAGGGCAGCCUGGCGCUUGUGCCCACCCCUGCCCACCCCCUGUGCCAGCACGGCUGUGGAGUUCCCUGGCAGCCAGGGCAAGCAGGCGUGGCAGUGGCGCGGCCCCGCGGACUCCCCGGAGGUGGUGUACCCGCGAGAGGCGCUGGUGGUGGAGGUGGCCCGGGACGCAGAUGACGGGACGGGGCCGCCCCAGGACAACCCUGCCUUCCCGGACACCGCGCGGCCCCUGGAGCCCGAGGGACUCCCGCUGCUCCGCGGCGGUCUUUGGUGGACCCCGAGGGCCGAGGGGCCAGGACCCGCCACCCGGCCUGCGCGGCAAGGGGACUGACGGGCGGGGUCGCCUCGGCCGCCCGCCCCGCCCAGCCGGCCGGCGAGGGCGAGCGGCUCACCGGAGGCCACGCAGCGUCGGCGGCUGCAGACCCCCAGCUGCAGCGCCUCCCCCUCGGCUGGGAGGGCACCUAGAGACCGCAGCGCGGGGCAGCUGCCUCUGCGGCCCGGCCUGAUGUGCUGCGUGCAACCCCAGGAGCACCAGACGGCGUCUGGAUGUCCCGGGCUCCCGAGCACUUAAUAAACGGGCGUCGGAGGGA